AUGGCACAGAGGGAUGGGUUAGUGGAGCUUUACACCCUGGACUACUCUUCCAAGAUCCGAGUCAACAACUCUGCGUAUGCCGGCCGAAGCGCGCGAACAUUCACGAGAGAGGGACGUUUCCAGAGAAUUAUCGACGAGAUGAAGGCAGGCGACUGGGUCGUCAUUGAGUUUGGACACAAUGAUGGGCCGGGCGACCCAGCCACGGAUGUGAAGAGCCGCGUCGACUGCCCCGGCAUCGGCAACGAAACAUGCACCGCCAUCUUCAACAACGCAACCGAGAUCGUCCAGACGUACACAACCUACCUGCGCAACGCCUCCUCCAUCUUCCUCUCCCUCGGCGCAAAGGUCGUCAUCUCCACCUCGACGCCCACGAACCCCUACCAGACCGGCAACUUCACAUGGACGCCCAGGAUCUACUCGUGGUACUCGUGGUACGUCGUUGAAUCGCUGGGCGGCCCCGCGGCCGGCAUCUACUACGUCCCGCACGCGGACUACUGCGUCCAAGCCCUGAAGCUCCAGGGCCCCGAGGCUGCGGUUGCCGGGUACCCGAUGGACAACACGCACAUGGCCCCGAAGCUGGCGGACACGUUCUCGCAGGCCUUCGUCUUGGGCUUGAAGUGCGGGACGUCGCCGCUGCAGCAGUAUAUUGUCAACGCCACGUCAAGAAUUGAAGGCCCUGCGUUGGGGACGUGUCUGCCUGUAAAUGCGACGUUGCCUAUCUAG